AUGAAGUGCUUUGUUGCCGUUGUAAUAACAGUGACCCUCGCGACCGGUGUAGUCUCAGAGGCGUCCGUGCGGACAUGUGAACCUAUCAAAGUGGCGAUGUGUAAGAACUUGGGAUACAACCAAACGGGAAUGCCCAAUCUAGCGCGGCACACUCUCCAGGCUGACGCUGAUGUUACGUUACAGACUUUCAGCCCCUUGGUGCAAUACGGCUGCUCAUCGCAGUUGGACUUGUUUCUGUGUACUGUGUACGUUCCUAUGUGCACCGACAAGGUUGCACUUCCCAUAGGACCUUGCAGAGGACUGUGCGAAAGCGUGUACGAAAGGUGCUACCCUGUACUGAGUAAAUUCGGUUUUCCAUGGCCCGCAGAGCUCGACUGCUCCCUUUUCCCGGCAGAGAACAAUCACGAACAUAUGUGUAUGGAAGGGCCGGGCGAAAGAACCGCGCCAGUAGGAACUGUCACACUAGAUCCCGCUAGUACCGGCGGGAGGAGCGUCUGCCGGAGGCUCAUCAAGCCCAGCAGUUGGGUGUGGGUGCGGGGUUCGGGCCGAUGUGCACAAUUUUGUGAGGCUGAAGUGCUGUGGGAAUCGGGAGAGAGACGAGCGGCUGAAGUGUGGCUUGCGACGUGGGCUGCGCUCAGUUUCGCUUGUACGCUAGCGGCCGUGGGUGCACAGCUUGCUUGUGGGGAUCGAGGGAGCGCUGGGGAGCGGGCGCUGGUGUUGGUGGCACUGUGCCGGUGCGCCGCUGCCGCCGGGUGGGGCGUCCGCGCUGCUGCCGGCCGUUCGGCUGCCGGCUGCGCCAAAGACUCCACAACUCCAGCUCGCAUGCUGCUAGCUCACGACGGUCUCGCCAAUCCAAACUGCGCUGUCGUCUUCCUACUUCUAUAUUACUUCGGACUCGCAGCUUCAGUUUGGUUGGAAACUGGCAUUUUGCAGGGCAUCCUAGCCAACCCCCUAUCGGAGGAGGCGAGGAGGCUGCUAACAACUCUGCACACCACUAAACGUGAAGAUUCGAUCCUACUGCGCCCGCGCUGUAAUUGGGAUGCUAAUCAGAUGUUGAGCUGUUUCCAUCUCACUUUCUCACAGGCGGUGGGAUACCGUAUCUCGUUCGCACAGCAUCCAGUCCGCUUCGGAGGUGGUGGGCUCUUCAAUCAUCCUGCAAUAAGCAAGUCGCGUUGCCUGGGGCAAACACCGCCCGAUAGGUGGGUGGUAGUGGCGGGCGCUUGGCGAUCAAGCGUGUUGCGGCCACCUGCAACGCCCGGGACCAGUUCUAGGAACGACCGGCACUCGUCGCUGCUGCAGCUGGCCGCGUGGGGCGUGCCAGCAGCGCUCGCGGCCGCCGUGCUCGUCACAAGGGACGUCGACGCCGACGAACUCACCGACCGGCACUCGUCGCUGCUGCAGCUGGCCGCGUGGGGCGUGACGGCAGCGCUCGCGGCCGCCGUGCUCGUCACAAGGGACGUCGACGCCGACGAACUCACCGGAACGUGCUUCGUCGGAAAUCAGUCCAGUAAAUCGUUGCUGGCUUUAGUUAUCGUGCCAGAAACAAUCUGCUUGUUACUGGGCACCGUGUUCCUCGCAACGGGUCUUCGCGCAAUACUUCAGCGGCCAACGCCAGUAGCUGCGCCCGCGACACUGCUCACAGCGCCCCAGCAGCAGAUAACGGACCAAAGCUUGCUGAGGUUGGGUGCGUUCGCGGCGCUCUACGCCGUGCCCUCCACCUGCAUCUUAGCCACGUGGGUCUACGAGUACGCGUGGAGGGACGACUGGCUAGCAGCACCAGUUCCCACCGCCGAACCGUCGACGCAUCCCCACCCAGCAUUCUGGGUGUUCCUAUUUAGGAUCUUUGCGUCACAGAUCCUCGGUGUUAUGGUCGCGGUGUGGAUCGCAACGCCACGGCUUAAAGCUCUGUGGCGCAAGAUCGCAGGCCCUCGGAAGCAGCCUCCUUUGACGAAAUGUCCGUCUGGUCCACCGCCCACACCAUUGACGCUUCACUGCUACUCGACGCAUUCGCACUCGCUGUCGCGUUCACAGAUGCACAAGUAUGCGACGUACAGGCCGCCCCAGCAACAUUCAUACAGAAAACCUCGACAUUACCACUACUCGGCGGGAGAAACCAUCCUUUGA